AUGGCUCAAAAUGUGAUAUUAGGUGAGUAUAAAGAGCAGUACUCAUUGUUGCAUAGAUAUGCACAGGAGAUCCUAAGGUCGAACCCGGAGAACACAGUCAAGUUCAAACUUGACAACAAUGUGUUUGAGAGAAUCUAUAUUUGCUUUGCUGCUAUUAAAAAAGGUUUCUUGGCUGGGUGUAGAGCUUUCUUUGGAAUUGAUGGGUGUUUUUUAAAGGGUCCAUAUGGUGGCCAACUUCUUGUUGCUGUUGGCAGGGAUGGAAACAAUCAAAUGUUCCCGAUAGCUUGGGCAUGUGUAGAAACUGAAAGCACUGAAACUUGGAGUUGGUUUCUUCAACUUCUAGCUGAUGAUCUGGACACUACAGAUGGGAGUGGUUAUACAAUAAUGUCUGACCAACAGAAGGGGUUAUUAAAAGUCGUGUCUGACAUAUGGCCAAGGGCAGAUACAAGGGUCUGUGCUAGGCAUGUUUACUGUAAUUUCAGGCAAGUAUACGGAGGCGGUCUGCUGUACAGGAGAGGGUUUUGGAAAAUUGCAAAGAGUACAACAGAAAAUGAUUACAAGACAAAUAUGCAACUGUUUUCUUCAAUUUCAGAAAUUGCUGCAGAGGACUUGAAGAAAAGGAAUUACAAAAAGUGGGUUAGGGCAUACUUUACUCCUCAAUCUCAGUGUGACAGCAUCGACAACAAUAUGAAUGAGGUAUUCAAUGCAUACAUACUGUCAUCAAGGCAUAAGCCAAUCAUAACAAUGCUUGAGGAUAUAAAGGAGGGGUUAAUGGAGAGAUUACACAAAAAGAGGGACUUUAUUGCUAAGAAGGAGAUUCUGAUUUGUCCUCGGAUUCAACAAAGAUUAGAGAAAUCUAAAAUUGAUGCACGGGGAUGGUCAGCAUUUUGGGAUGGACAUUUCUCUUAUGGUGUGAGAGAGGGUGCUACACUGGUUAGAUAUGUUGUAAGUUUACUGGAAAGAACUUGUAGUUGCAAUGCUUGGCAACUUAGUGGUGUGCCGUGUAACCAUGCUAUUGCGGCUAUUUGGAAAGCAGUUGAGCAUCCUGAACACUACGUAGCAAGCUGCUUCGCCAAGGACACAUAUUUAAAGGCUUAUCAGUAUCCUUUAGAGCCUUUAAAUGGUCCACAACAAUGGCCAGAAUCUCCUUAUGCUCCAAUUGUAGCACCAGUGGUGAAGAAAUUAAACAAUAGACCUACCGUUAAGAGGAAGCCAUCAGUUGGUGAGGUUGAAGGGUUUAAGUUAACCAAGAAGGGUCAAGUGCACAAGUGCAGUAACUGUGGAGGGGAAGGACAUAACAAAAGAAAAUGCCAUAUUCCAUUGAGAGAGACACCCUUAGUUGUACCAAGCCAAGCAUCACAGACGCUUGCAACACCUAAACAGAAGCAGAAACAACCACCUAAACCCAAGCCAGUGGUUCCGUCUUCUCAGCAAACUCAUACAGCUGCUCCUAUGCACACAAGAGGUAUUGGUGUUUAUACUUAUCCUAAUGGAUAUCAAAGGCAAGCAGUGCCUGUCCUUGGAGAUACUCAUAUAAUUUGUCAGUCUGUUGUAAACUUCCAAAUGUAUCUCACUCAAUCAACACAGGUUUGGGUUGGUUUUUGGAAGUUGAUCAUAGGGUUGGAGAAGAAUGGAAGCAGUGCAGGAACUACUGGAUGA